ACUGCCUAAAUGAUGAUCUUCAUGAUGACUACUCCUCUCUAGCCUGUUUGAGUAUAGCCUGCCCCUCGCGCCGUUUCCCUAAAAGAGCAAUAUUCCCCGCUCAACUACAUAUACCCAUCCUUUGUUCUUAUAUCCAUCUCUAUCUUAUACAUAUUCUACCAUGAGAACAUUUGCAGAAGCAGACGCCCCCCCCUGCGACUGGCGAACCCGCCAGCCCGGCUUCAUCCUCUGGGCCCUCAUCUCCCUGCCGCGCCUGCUGGUGGCAAGUGUUUUCUACAGCCUCAUCUACCUAUCCGCCUCGUCCCGGCCACGCCCGUCAUGGACGUACCGCCAGGCGCUGGUCACCCGCGUGCUGCGCGUCGCCUUUGGGAUCAUGGUCGAGCUGGGCUUCUCGCAGUCGAUCAGUCUCGAGGCCGGCAAACUCGGCGAUCGCUUUGUCCUGCUCGAUCCCGCGCCGCCAGAAGCGUACCUGGGGCCGUUUGCUUAUAAGAGCGAGGCAGACGACAACCACAACAAGCCAGUCAAGCCCGAACGCAUCGGCGCAACCUGGUAUCCUGCGCCGCUGGACAAACGGACGGGGGAAGCCUCGCGCCUCGACGAGGACAAGAGCACCGUCGUGCUGGCCUUCCACUCGGGCUCCUUUCUCUGGGGCGACGGCCGGCCGGAGGAGUCGGGCGCCGUGGCCACGAUGCUCAACGAGUCGCUCGGCCCCAACACCCACGCUCUCUGGGUGCAGUAUCGUCUUGCCGGAGGCUCGCAGCCAACCCCGUACCCGGCUCCCAUGCAGGACGCCAUCACGGCGUACGUCUAUCUCGUGCAGGAGAUGGGGGUGCAUCCGUCGCGCAUCGUGCUCGCGGGCGACUCGUCGGGCGCGACCAUCGCCAUGGCGUUAGUUCGCUACCUGGCGUUCCUGACCGAGCAGAGGAAUCAUCAUGGUACCGACAAGCCGGCGGCGGCGUAUUAUGAGCUGCUCUCCGAGUUGCCCCCGCCCAAGGCGUGUUUGCUCUUCUCCCCCUCGCUCGAAUACACCUUCGAAGGCGACUCGCACGCCUGGGAUGCCCACCGCAACGCAGACGCAGAUUACUGCUCCGGCAGGAUGGCCGCCUGGGGCACCGCGGCGGUCGCACCCCCGGAUCUCGUCUCCCUGGACGAUCCGUACCUCUCGCCGGCGCUGUACCCCUUUGCCACGCCUGUCGCCAUGUUCGUGCAGGCCGGCGGCGCAGAGGUCCUCUGCGACAGCAUCAAGGGGUUCGCCGAUGCGUUCCGUCUCGUCGAGGGCAACCGCGUCGAGUACCUCGAGGUUGCGGAUUGUCCGCACGACGUCUAUCUCAUUGGAAGCAUUGCCGGGUGGAAAGAGGAGCAGAAGGAGAUCAUUUCGGCCGCCGCCACGUUUGUCCAUAGUCUCUAGUACAAUCUAUCAAUAUAUCAAUGUCAUACUGUAUACGUAUACGUAUAC